UACUGAAAAUGCGCCAGUAAAAUGCUGAAGUCCUCUUAGACUCCUUAAAUUUAAAAAGUUGUGACUGUAGUCAAAUCAAAAUGAUGGCCAGGUACACAAUACUUCCCUACUGGAAGUCCCUGGUGCUCGUCCUCACACCGAUUGUCUUCUGCUUCAUCCCUAUUAACUGGGACACCUCGGCUUCGCGAUGCGGCUACGUGAUCGUCAUUAUGGCCAUUUACUGGAUGACGGAGGCGCUGCCGUUGGCGGUGACGGCGCUCAUCCCGGUGUUCGCCUUCCCGCUGCUGGGCAUCCUCGACACUGGCAGCGUCUGCGUCGUCUACAUGAAGGAGACCAACAUGAUGUUCCUGGGCGGACUCACUGUUGCGAUAGCAGUUGAGCACUGCAAUUUGCACCGAAGGAUUGCGCUCAAGGUCAUCCUUCUCAUUGGACAGUCGCCUCGGAGGUUGAUGGCAGGCUUCAUGCUGACUACCAUGUUCCUCUCCAUGUGGCUCGCCAACACGGCCACCACAGCCAUGAUGGUGCCCAUUGUGGACGCUAUCCUGGCGGAGCUGUACGCG